AUGCCUCCAUUGAAGGGUAUCAAAGUUAUUGAGCUAGCUGGUCUAGCUCCAGGUCCAUUCGCCGGUCUCCUACUAGCCGACUAUGGCGCCUCAGUUCUACGCAUCGACAGACCUUCAGCCGUAAGCGCAGACCAAUUGACCAGAAACAAAACCUCAAUCGCGCUGGAUCUCCGCGAUGCUAGCUCGCGCAACAUCCUCCUCCGUCUCCUGACUGCUGCAGACGUCUUGAUCGACCCCUUUCGUCCGGGCGUGCUUGAGCGACUAGGCCUUUCCCCAACUGAAGUGCUCCAGAAACACAACCCGCGUCUCAUCGUCGCGCGCAUGACAGGAUUCCGCCGUGAUGGGAAAUACAAGGACAUGGCCGGUCACGAUAUCAACUACAUUGCCGUCUCUGGCGUGCUGUCAAUGCUCGGUCGCGCGGGUGAAAAGCCAUACGCGCCCGGAAACAUUUUGGGCGAUUUUGCUGGGGGUGGCGCAAUCUGCUUCCAGGGUAUUCUUCUUGCGCUGAUCUCGCGCUCUCACACUGGUCGUGGGCAGGUUGUAGAGGCUAAUAUGGUUGAUGGUUCUGCGUACCUUGCUACAUUCCCUCGGUUGGCGCAAAAGACUCCCAGCUGGUCUGGCCCGCGUGGUGAGAAUCUGCUUGAUAGUGGCUGUCCCUACUAUGAUACAUACGAGACCAAGGAUGCCGGAAAGUAUUUCGCAGUUGGGGCUUUGGAGCCUCAGUUCUAUGCUGCAUUACUGCGCGGUCUUGAACUUGAUCCGAAAAGCUUGCCUAAGCGUGAUGAUCGUGAGAGCUGGCCUGCACUCCGGGAUAUCUUCACGCGUCGCUUCAAGGAGAAGACGCGAACGGAGUGGGAGGCUGUUUUUGAUGGCACUGACGCCUGUGCGACGCCUGUCCUCGAGCAGGCGGAGCUCGAAGGGAGCGGGUAUGAACAACGUCCUGUUGUUCAUUUGACGAGCACACCUGCACCCGCUAUUCAGCCGGAUCAAGGAGGAUGGAGCAGCGAAGGGCUCUCACCAGGAGAAGGAGGCAAGGAUACUCUCAAGGCGUGGAUGGGGUGGGAACAAGAUAAAGAUUUCGCCGUGCGGCAAGAUGGGGUUUUGCUGUCACCUGGUGGGAAGGCAAAGAUUUGA